CUGCCCCUGAGUUAUUUAUAAUGUCGGGCUGGUGCCUGGUGACGUAGCGAGGAGUCCGGGCCGCGUCUGCGAGCGCGUCGGAGCUCCCGCCCCCAGCCCCUGCUGCUGCGAUGGGGAGCGAGGUGGCGGCCAGGGGGCUGCCGGGAGCCGGGGCAGCCGCUGGGCAUGUGCCAGGCUCCGCCACUGCCUGAGGAAGAGCCCCAUGGGCGGCGGGCUCCCAGCGCAGCGCGCGGGGCCCAGCAGCUGACAGCCCGCGGGCGGCCCGGAGGCCUCGCCCGGCCCUGCGGCGGCGGCGUCACCCGUGCCUGGAGGGAGGCUGGCCGCGUGGCCCCGCAGAGCGGAGCCCUGCUCCCACGCCGGCCCGGCCGUGAGUUUGGCAUCGGCCGGGGAGAGCGGGCGGCUGGGGGAACUGCGCGCUCCCGCCCCGGGAAGACACGGGGACCCGAGCUACCUAACCCCCCCCUCCCCCCUACAAGCCAGAAAGUGGCCGAGCUACCCCCCCCCGGCCCUAGCAAGGAAGAGGGGAGGCUUGGCCCUGUGUUGCCUGCCUGUCUCCUCCCCCCCUCUUGCCCUACGCAGUAGCCAGAGAAGAGCCUGCUCGCAUAGACGGAGGUGAGCUUCCUAAUCCCCCCCCCACACACACACACACACACGCGUGUCAGCAAGGAGAGAGGGGGCGCCCGACGUGGAAGUUUAGAGCAGUACAAGAUACGUCUCUUGUUUUGCUACCCAAAGGAAAGGGGGGGGGGACUUCCUGUUUUGGAGCAGAGCACGUCCCUCUCCCCUCCAAGGGGUCAGGGCUUGUUAUGGAAGAGUGCAGCUGAGCUACCUGUUUCAAAGGUUCCUACCCCCACCAAAGCGGAGAGUUGGGUGGGUGCCCUGUGUGUGGAAGUUUGACUAUAGAAUCCACUCCGUGUACCUCCUUCCUUUUGGAACUAUCCCAGCAGGACGGUGAAGGCCAUGAAUAGCAGCAGCACUUCCCACACUCUGACCCAAAGAGUCGUGCACAGAGGAGAUCAAUAGAGGAGGUGGGUUGCGAGCACACCAUGGCGGGGAGUGGCUACAAAGACCUGCGAGAGAAGCUGAAGUCCAUGAUGCCUUAUCGGGACAACUACAAAGGCAACAGCCUGCGGGAUCCUACAGAGUCCCCCUAUGGGGCAGUUGGGGGUGCUGCUGCAGAGCGAAAACGCAAGUACCAUGAGGACUCUGAUUCUGAGCCCAGUGACUACGAGGAGGAGCAGCAGCAGCAGCAGAAGGAGGAGGAGGAGGCCCGGAAAGUCAAAAGUGGCAUCCGGCAGCUUCGUCUCUUCAGCCCAGACGAGUGUGCCAAGAUUGAAGCCCGGAUCGAGGAUGUCGUAUCUAGAGCUGAGAAAGGCCUCUACAAAGAGCAUACGGUGGACAGGGCCCCUCUUCGGAACAAGUAUUUCUUUGGGGAGGGCUACACAUAUGGGUCCCAGCUACAGAGGCGAGGCCCUGGUCAGGAAAGGCUGUACCCUCAGGGGGAGGUGGAUGCCAUCCCGGAGUGGGUGCAUGACCUCGUGAUCCGGAAGCUAGUGGAGCACAGGGUAAUCCCUGAGGGCUUUGUGAACAGUGCGGUGAUCAACGACUACCAGCCUGGUGGCUGCAUUGUCUCCCAUGUGGACCCUAUCCACAUUUUUGAGAGACCCAUCGUCUCCGUGUCUUUCUUCAGCGACUCUGCACUCUGCUUUGGCUGUAAGUUCCAGUUCAAGCCCAUCAGAGUCUCCGAACCUGUCUUGUUCCUGCCAGUGAGGAGAGGGAGUGUCACUGUGCUAAGUGGAUAUGCAGCUGAUGAAAUCACGCACUGCAUUCGACCGCAGGACAUCAAGGAGAGGAGAGCUGUCAUCAUCCUUAGAAAAACAAGACUCGAUGCUCCUCGAUUGGAAACAAAAUCGCUGAGCAGCUCUGUGUUGCCGCCAGGUUACACCUCUGACCGUCUAUCAGGAAGCAACAGGGAUCAGAUCCUGAAACCAAAGCGGUCCCAUCGCAAAGCAGACCCUGACGCUGCUCACAGGCCACGGAUUUUAGAAAUGGAUAAGGAGGAGAACAGGCGCUCGGUCCUCUUACCAAAACAUAGGAGACGGAGCAACUUCAGCUCUGAGAACUAUUGGCGAAGGUCUUACGAGUACACAGAGGACUAUGACGAGGAGGAGGAGGAUGGAAGUCCAGCCCGCAAAGUUAAAAUGAGGCGACAUUGAGGCAUGAGCUUUCCGGAGUCUCAAAGCUGAAGAGAGUGGCCUCCAGUCUAUGAAAACUUCUCCUCCCUCCCCCCCUCCCCCCCCCCCCCCCCGGCUAUUUCUCAUCUAGCUUCAGUUUUGUUGUUUCCUUUCAGGCUGAAGAGUAAUUGGGAAGGAUCUGGCUAUUUGUUUUUAUGAAUGGAGUAAUAGUGAGGCAUAAAUAUUGAUGGAAUAUGUAAGGUGCCACCUGCAGUUUCCAAAGGGGUGUGUCAGAUGGACAUCCCCCUCCCUCAUGAAGUGGAUAUUGUUAACACUGUGGCAGGCUGCCUGGUCUGUAUUUUUGAAAACACCAAAAAGUUAACUUUCAUUACUGAAGAUUUAAGAAAUUAAUUUUUCCUUUUGCUUUGUUUAACUAAGUUUCUUUUUAAAAUGUUCUAAAUACCUUGUUUGACCCCAAGAGUUGAAACUCUUUGUAGCGGCCUCAUACUCCAUGCUACACCAAAGGGCUCCUGAAUUCCUAAGUCUGCUAUUACAUAGUUUGGGUUUUUUUCUUUUUAAAGGUGUCCUGCAGCAACUGGAAGUUUGAAGCUUUGCAGGCACCCCUUACUGCAAUCGAUUACAAAGUAUUUAGGAUAUUUGUUGCACUUUAGUAACAGUUUUUAAUGCCCUAUGCUUCCCUCCACUUCACCCCCCCCCCAGCUAGUUUGGGCUUGCAAGCAUCUCGUCUUCUGCACUGCUGACUAGAGGGUGUAUUCUCUCUGCGAAGGCCAUACACAAGCUCUUGCUCACAUCAGUGGUGGUUCUGAGGGGCUCCUCAAGGAGAGAAUAGGCUUGUUUGAAAGAGGAAGGAAUAUUGGACUUGAAGUUGCUCCAUCCACUUGACCCUUCUCGCUAACCGCAUCAUUACAAUUUUUCAGAAGUAUAUUGUGUUUGGAUUUUUAAUCUCUGGAUAAGUGUCUUAGUUGGCUUUAUUGAGGCCUGUCAAACUACGGGACUGAGAUUUGUAUUGGCCCCCUAGGCCUUUGAGUAUGAAAAUGAUUUGUGUGUGUGUUUUGGAUACGUGCUUUUUCCUUCUCAAAGCUAGAGAAUAGCCAGAACAAUGUUAGGGCUAGCAGAUUGCACUUGUGAGGAAAUGUGACUUGGCAAUGCCCUGGGAAGGGCUGUCUUUAUGCUGGCUGGCAUCUUGGUGGAAGUGGAUCUCUCCCUUCUUGGUUCAGGAGGAAAAGGAUCCACACUGCAUUCUCUCUGGAGUACCCUGUUUGAGGAUGCUUCAGAGCAUUGCAGCAGCUUGAAGAAUCUGUUAAACUUCUCAGCCACAAAGAUGUGCUGACUCAUAGAAGUGUGUGAUAUUGUCACCCCUGUAGAACUAGCAGACUUCUUCUUCCCUUAGUACCUUUGGGGAUGUCAGAGGGUUCUUGUCUCAAAAGGGCAACCCCCAGCUUAGGUGUCAGAUGCCUCCCAUUUAACUUGCAUUGCACUGUCUGUUCAUAGCCUCAACAAACAUCACAACUGGUCUGUGUCCCUCUUCUGUUUGCUGAGAGACCAUAGGAAUUCUGGUGCCGUGAGCCUCUUGGCCAGCGACUUAAAGUUCUGUGAAUAAGACUCCUGGAGCUCAAGGAGUUAAUAGGAGAAGUUAGAUAUUCUAAUACGGUUUUCUGAUCAUCUUUCCACAUUCAGUCCGCAUUAUCCUGGCUUGAAGCCUCAAUGAGUUGUCAAAGUUUGGGGUCUAAUAACUUAUUUAGUACCCUAAUUUUAAUAAUUAAACAGUAAAACUCUCCUCCAUUUGAUUCCUUGAAUCCAAAUGUCAGCAAUUGCAAAGAUUGGUCUUUAUUUUUAAGUUUGUUUUUCUUUUUUACAGCUUUGCCUUCCCUAAACUUUUUUUUUUUUUUUUUGGGUAGUUUUCCUUGGUAUCGUGUCUUGAACACUAGCUAUGGUCUAUGUACUUUACAAUAAAAAGAUCUAAUAUAUUUUGAAACAUGUCUGGUGCUGUCAUGAAGAGUUUCCAGUCCAGAAACCAAGCAUUGUUCCCUCAUGUGCUGUUUGUUGGAAAUCUAGCACGUUUACCAACCUUCUGACUUUUUUCAUGUGUGGUUCUCCUACCCCAGAAUGUACAGGUGGCCCCUCUUGAAUGCUGAGUCUAUUUAAGACUAGAUCCACCAUUGGUCAUAAUGCAAACAAAACUACUACAGACUUCAGUGGAAGUGCUAUCUGCAUAAGGAUUACUAGACCAAGUCUUUCAAAGGUUAUCCUGGGCUUGUCUCUUUGUGGUGGUUUGUUUUGUUUGUUUGUUUGUUUGUUUUUGUGUGUGUUUUCCUGGUUAAGAACUUUAGUUGGCAUCGCUCAAAGUUGAGAAUAGUCUUUUGCCAGCCCUUUAAAAGAGCACCACCUCUGCGCAGAGUUCUAAAAGUUCGUGCUUGUGGCAGUCUUUAAAAUGUAAAUUGCAUUUGAAAAUAAGCUGUUAAAUUAGAACUGCGAUUGCUCCCUCUCCUAGCUUGUUGAGGAGAGUAGCAACCCCGCUCCAAGACCAGCUUAACAAUCAGAAAGGAAAAACUCUUCCCUUUCGGUUUCUCACGCUGGAUCUGCUGCAGUCUUGUCUAUCUACGGCUGGCCUCGUGAAUGUCACUGUUUUAAGAUGGUGACUCCUAGCAGGAGGCUGAGGAAUGGUUUUAAUUAGAACACUUUUGGAUUCACAAUUUACAUGCUGCUAAAAUGCCCUCUGUGCUUCUAGGGUGCUGUGCUGAAUACAUCAUCUUUUUUUUUUUUUUUUUUUUUUUCCCUGAAUACUAGCAUUCUGAUUUGCUUAAACGUAGCUCUGGCUGGAUAAAUAGCAGAAACCAUAGUGAUCUGUGCCUCUAUUUCCUCUUUCCUGUGACAGUCCUCUUCUGCUAUGCAGUGCACCCCCAUCCAAACACGCUACGUUACGUCUACCUCUGCAGUAAGGAUCCUAGGUUCUGGCUCCUCAACUUAAAAUGAAGUUGAUUGCAAUUGUGCCUCUUUUUUGUGAUGUGAUAAUAGUGGCUCCCAAAUUAACACUUGAUAGAGCAAGGUUUGCUGUGUGACCCAGAUGGGAAUGAGGUACUGGAUUUGUCUUAAAGGAGCUCAAGACCAACUUAUGCAUUAUCUAUAGAGGUCUCUCCUCUAACAUGGUACAAAUGACACCUCAUUCUAACUCUUAUGCAUUCUGUGUAGACAACAGAUACCUUUACUUCAGAUUUAUUUUUGUAUUCUUCAGUGCAACUUUUUCCUGUUUUCCAUCUUUUGCUGUUUGUUCAGUUCUACAGGUUUUACUCAAAUGGUCAGGAAAGCCUUUUAGGGUUAGUCUCAAAUCUUUGAGCUGGUUGUGGGUUUGUUUGGUGUGGGUUUGUUUUUUUUAAACUGACUGCAACAUUGCAUGGAGAGAUUGGGGCACAACUAAUUGGACUCAAGGCAUCUUUCUCUUUAGGGCAGAUGUCACUCUGUGUAUUGGCAGGCCAUCCUCCCCAGUUGUACAGAUAUUUUAUAUAGACACACGUAUGUACAUCUGUAGAUACAUGUUUUUUAACUUUUUGCACUGAUCAUCACUCAAAGUGAAACCUUGAAUUAAAAAAAAAAAAUGGAGACUUUACAUUUUCACACAGAUCUAAAUGUCUAGAGAACCUACUGUAUUUUAUUUGCUGGAACAAUGGCUCACGAUGUUAGUGACCCCCACAUGUACUCUGUAGCUGGCUUGCGGUGGCUUAUGGGACUGCUUGCAAGUCCCAGGUCAGACUUGCAUGCACUCUCCUAAACUAGAGAAUGUCCAGAUGUGAGGUGAGUUCUGGCAACUCUGGUUUGAUUAAUGGCCACCACAGUCCCACCUCUUUUUCAUCUCUGGGGUCGGGGGGUGGAACUUGGGUCAUCACCAGCUGCUCAGAAAUGGAAGCUCGAGCCAGGUGGCUUCUAACAAGGCCUUAUUCACAGACCUGACCAACUUGGCUUUAAAAUCUUUCAUAGUCUGGUGCAAUAAUGUGGUCCAAAUUCCUCUCUCUAAAUCUGCAUGUAGUAUGCAUAAUUCAUUAAACUAUCAUCUCAAUCAAAGACACGGUAAAAUUACCCCAAAAAACACCCCCCAGACCUUAACCAUGACAUUAUUUUUCUUACCUAAGGAAAGUAGAUGCUUUGUGUUUCUCUGCAAACAAAGGCUGGGGAGGAAUUUGUAUUUUUGCUACAUGUGGCUAUAUGUAGCUGAAAUGAAUCUGUUCUAGUGGUGGAAUCAAAACUCUGAGCCCGUUGCAUGGGCUCGGUGUGUCCAUCGGAAGAGAGUGAAAAGGUUUGCUAGUAACAGAAGAGAAGUGUUGGCACGGGGAUUUCUUUAGAACGUUGCUUUGCUUCUUAAGCAUCUGGCAACCUCAGCCAUUCCACUUAACCGCAUCUAGGUAAAUUACACAAUGGUAGGAAGAUGUGGGUUGGCACAUCUGGCUUUGACCACCUGCUAAAUUCUGAUCCAGCUGUUGUAAAUAAAUUGAGUUGUGGCACACAUGAGCUGUAAUCCAAAGGCUUGGUUCAUCUUGAAGGUUAGCCCAUGAGUUGAUAUUUUGGCAACUGACAUGCACACUUCUGAGUUAGUCAAUCAGGUAGCUUCUACUGUAACACUCACACACGCAGGUGUUAGCUUUUUUUUUUUUUUUAAGUUCUCAAGCUCUUUCCCAGGGUUCCUGUGCAGGGAAAGGGUAGAGCUCUAGUUCUUGGUUUUUAAUGUUGUUAGUAUGAGGUUUUGAUAGCCGUGCUCACUGGAGAUGGCUCUAAACCAAAACCCCCCCAAAUCCAAACAGCCCUGAAAUUUGGGGGACGUUCAGAGCUGGACCUGGACCCGAACCCUGUGGCUUGGACCCACCUCUAGUGAUAAGUAGUUUUAUAUGCCAAAUGCAGUUUCCCUUUUUGAGACAGAAAGGGAAUGCUAAUCUGAUGCUCUGACAAGCUCCGCAGUACCCCUUCCCUUAUUUUCAACCUCCUCCCCUCCCCCCACUCACGCUCUUAACAGAGUUCUGGCUGACUUACAUUUUGUUUUUUAAAAGAUUCUAACUUUUUGUUACAAAGAAAUAAAAAGUGGCAAUAUUUUUUUCUGUAAUAAGGUUUUCAUAGGAAAGCGUAGUUUGUAACAAAGUUGUACAGUUCUGAAGUUUGAGAUACAAAAAAAAAAAAAGUACUGUGUGGAACGCUGUAAAUGGGGAAGAGAUUAUUUUAUGUACAGUACCAUGGGGGGAAUCUUUUAAUUCUGGUUGAUUCUUAGGAAGAAUUUAGUUCUUCACUGUCAGGGUUUGGAAUUUCAUGGAUUUCAUUUUUUUUCUUGUAUAGAAUGCUGCAUUUAAUUGAAUAAAAGCAGAAAGCAUCA